GAUCAAGUCAGCAGAAUCCCCGGAGGCACGAUGAAAAAUAUAAACUUCCAUGUACCCUUCAAAGUAUACCGCAUCGACAAACUCGGUACGCGACCACCAGACAUUUGCUAGCAUAAAAACAGAAAAAAAGACCGCAGCUUUGCGUAAUGACAAGAAGAUCAAACGAGAUACGAAGAAGAAGGAAAAAUCGACAGAACCAACGAGAUUCGAGAACCAAAAAUGGUGUUCAGUACGAUCGUAGUUACGUCGGCUUUGAAGGGCGCUUUGGGGCUGAUGGGCACAAGCUUAUGGUUGAUCCCAUUACUGAUAGCCGGUCUGUCUUACUACCGGUACGACCAAUUAGAUCCUGAGAGUCGACCCAUCAAUAGAUACCCAUUGUACCCAGAGUACGAUUUCAUCGUCGUGGGUGGAGGAUCGGCCGGAGCCGUCGUGGCGAACAGACUCUCCGAGAUUCCGAAUUGGAACGUUCUACUGUUGGAAGCCGGUCCGGACGAGAACGAAGUGACCGACGUCCCAUCACUAGCGGCUUAUCUUCAGCUAACGAAACUCGAUUGGAAAUACAAAACGGAGCCAACAGGCAGGGCUUGUUUAGCCAUGAAAGGCGGCCGUUGUAACUGGCCGCGUGGCAAAGUGCUGGGUGGAUCCAGCGUGCUAAACUACAUGCUCUAUGUUCGAGGGAAUCGUCACGAUUACGAUUACUGGGAAUCCUUAGGUAAUCCCGGCUGGGGAUAUGAGCAGGCGCUUUAUUAUUUCAAAAAAUCCGAAGACAACAGGAACCCGUAUUUACAGAAGAGUCCGUACCAUUCGACCGGUGGUUACCUAACGGUGCAAGAAUCGCCGUGGAGGACGCCGCUGGUAGUAGCGUUCGUCCAAGCAGGGACAGAAAUCGGGUACGAAAACAGAGAUAUAAACGGUGAGCAACAAACGGGGUUCAUGAUAGCUCAGGGUACUAUACGUCGCGGGAGUCGAUGUUCCACGGCGAAGGCGUUUCUGCGGCCGAUUCGGUUACGUCGGAACAUCCACACGGCUAUGAACGCCCAUGUGACGAGAGUGCUGAUCGACUCGGUCACGAUGAGAGCUACGGGCGUCGAAUUCGUGAGAGACGGUCGCCGGCAGAUCGUUCGAGCGAGAAAAGAAGUGAUUCUCUCAGCUGGGAGUAUCAACACUGCACAAAUAUUAAUGUUGUCCGGCGUUGGACCGAAGGAACACUUGCGGCACGUGGGGAUACCGGUGAUCAAGGACCUUCGAGUCGGGGACAAUCUUCAGGAUCACGUCGGCAUGGGCGGUCUCACUUUUCUCAUCGACAAACCCGUGGCUAUUGUUCAGAAUCGUUUCCAAGCGGCGCCUGUGACGAUGCACUACGUAGCCAACGGCCGGGGGCCGAUGACCACCCUGGGUGGCGUCGAAGGUUACGCGUUCGUUAACACAAAAUACGCGAAUCGAUCCAUCGAUUAUCCGGACAUCCAGUUACACAUGGCGCCGGCGUCGAUUAAUUCCGACGGCGGUAUACAAGUGAAAAGGGUCCUGGGCAUAACCGAUGAAGUCUACAACACAGUUUAUAGACCAAUCGCAAAUAAAGACGCGUGGACCAUAAUGCCGCUUCUGUUGAGACCGAAAUCGAGAGGCACCGUCAGGCUACGGAGUUCGAAUCCGUUUCACAGCCCGUUGAUCAACGCGAAUUAUUUCUCGGACCCGAUGGACAUCGCUACUCUAGUCGAAGGCGCGAAAAUCGCGAUGCAAGUCAGCGAAACGAAGGUCUAUAAACAAUUCGGAUCGAGGGUGCACAGGAUUAAAUUGCCCGGUUGUAAGAACUUAAAGUUCGGCUCGGACGCCUAUUGGGAGUGCCAUAUUCGACACAUCUCGAUGACGAUUUACCAUCCGGUCGGAACGGCGAAAAUGGGCCCGUCUGACGAUCCUACGGCCGUCGUGGACCACAGAUUAAAAAUUUACGGGAUCGAAGGACUCAGGGUGAUCGACGCGUCGAUCAUGCCGACGAUUUGCAGCGGGAAUACGAACGCUCCGGUAAUUAUGAUCGGAGAGAAGGGCGCGGAUCUUAUAAAAAACGAUUGGUUGGCAGUGAAGACGAACGGAAGACGGUGAAUUUGGUAUGUCAUAGUUUCAAGUACAAAAAUGAAAUUCUGCUGGAAAUAAAUAUUCGACACUUCCAGAUAGAACAAUUUUAGCUUGCAAAAAUUCACGAAUGUUUAUACGAUCGAUGUUUAUAAAUUUGUUUUAUUGUUUGUUAACAAGUUAGUUAUGCCUUGUUGAUUACUAGUGCAGCGAUGCGUGUCAGUCUGUCUUUACUUUGUAAAGACGUUACAACGUCUGCAUUGUGAUAUGUUGAAUGUGCAGAUGGCUCAUUCGAUUCUGGACUCACUACGCACGUAUACAUCGUUGUGGUACGUGCGCUCGUUUGCUUUUGUCAAACAACGAUGAUACUUUUGUUACUCUUUCAUAAAUACUGAACGAGAGCAUGAAUAAUAAAAGAAUGCUUGUAUAUGUUUGAAAAAUAUGAAAGAGAAUGCGCGAUAUUUCCUAUGUGUUCCUGGGAAGUGGGUCCGGGAUCAAAUUAAUAUUCUGUAUAUAAAUUCUUGUUAACUUAGUUAUAGAAUUGUUUAACUCGAAAGAUUUGCGAGAACGAACGAGUGACGAUUUUAGUUAAAGUUGUAUUCCGUUGUUACUAAUUAAGGAGUUUUUUAAUUGUACCAAACUGUGCGAACGAUUUUAGUAUUUAAUCGAAUUAACUCUAUUUUUUUUAUUGUGUUUUAUUAUGAAAUGUUUGUAAUGAGAAAUUAGAUA